AAAACAUUUCAUGCAAUGGCGGUUUGUCUCCUUGUCUAUGGGUGCCAGGCUCAGCCAAGCACCAAUCCCUCCAGCACGUCUCCGGGUUACAGCGCCUCCUGGCGGUUGAUGUCUAGCGAUGGCAGCAACACGAGUGCUGGGAACAGUAGCGGUGCCCCAACAAAAAAACCCAAACCAAAAGGUAAAAUUGUGAAAUCUCGAUAUAUGAUGGUACCAGAUAAGAAGCCAGCAGCAAAGAGCGCGGUGAUGAACCAGUCCAUCUGCGUCCCAAACAGACCAGCCACACCAACGAAGCUGGGUACCCCAACUAAACUGGGGACCCCCACGAAGCCAGGCACACCAAGCAGGAGGUCUGAGCCCCCCAGGUUAUUCAAAGUACCGUCAAAGUUGCAGUCAAACAACCUUGAUGCUACACGGAUUGGAAAAAACGAACUGCAGUCGACGUUGCUUGAAGGUCAUUCUAUCCUUCCCGAACUGGACAUCUCUGUUAUUAAUGACAAGACUGUGCAUAAGCCCGCCGAGCCACAGGAUAUGGAUAUGGAGCACGCCGUUGACAAUCAAACCUGGCUGCUAACUUGUCUGACCGUGCUGAUGGAAAGAAACACGACCAGGCUGAAGGAGGAAGCAGAGAGGAGUUUGUUAGUGGUGAUGGAAGAGGAGGAGACUCUCCACAGGAAAGUGCAGGAGCAGAAACGGCAGCUUCGACUGUGGCAGAAAGAGAAGGAGCUGGACAGCCUGUUGGAUCUGCAGAUCGCAGCAUUAACGCCCAUGGCUGCAGCAGCGGAAAAGUUUAAACAGGAGUACAAGACCUUUGCAACGGCUUUGGAUACCACGAGACAUGAGCUGCCUGUGAAGAACAUACACAUAGAGGGGGACAGACAAGCCUUUCUUGAUAAAGUAGCAGCCUGUCUUAAGGAAACAGAGAAGCUGCUGUCAGAGUUAAACCCUGCGGCUGCAGAGAAGAGUGACCGAGCAUGUGAGCUACUGAAGGCUGUCAAAGAUACAACAGGGAGCGUGGUCGAGGAACUAGGAAGAGUUUUUACUGAUGUGUUGGAGUUGUCCUCGUUGGUCAGCCGGGAGACUGUUUUGAUUCAUCAGAGGAGCGCAGAAGAAUCGACAGGCCUGGCAGUAGCAGAGGAUCUGUAUUUCCCGAAGGACUGUUAACAUAAAACUGGUCUGAGUGUGAGGGUGUCUGGAGCUGCGUUUCCACUACCUGCAAAAACUACCUGCAAUUUCUUCCCAUUGCUGGCUAACUGUUUAAUAAUGUUAAAUAAAGUUUCAGUGUGGUUUUUUUUGUUCCAAA